AUGGAUGUUUCUUCCACUUCCGAUGAUGAAAUAACCCUCUUGCGCACUUGGGCCCUGACUGUCACUCAUGUGGCAUGUGAUUAUACGGAACAGAAAUUCAAUGCAGAGAAGACAGGAGGAGACCCAGUUAUACCUUCUCCAAACCUAGACACUGAUCUGGUGAUGGCUUGUGAUCAAUUGGUUGAUCGGCUCAUAAAGGCAUAUAAAAAUCCCAUUCAGAUGCCGAUUGAUAUUGCAAGAUAUAGCAAAUUGAUCUCCCCAAAGGACACGGGGCGUAAUGAAGAGAGAGAGGAAAAGUUGCUCGAGAGGUGUCCUCCUGGCCAUGAGGGCACAAAGUUGAUCGACAUACCCGCGACAAUUCUUGAUGCAUCCGGUGCCAUCAUCGCAUGGUACCUCCCAGACGCCUUGACCGAUGCCACCCAGAAUGAAAUUUGGGCGGCCUCGGAUUUGCUAGCUCCCAUGCUCGAACAAAGCAUAAAGCUCGAUGGGAUUUGGCGGACUAAUCAACAGUGGUUCACACCAAGCUCGGAAAAUGAUGUCCUAACUCCCGGAUGCGUUAAUUUAUCUCCGGCAUGGUUUCAGCAGGGGCACGAGAAUCAGUCCGAUCCGGAGGUAUCUGCAUCAUUGAAGGGACCAUCCUCCGAGAACAUCCUCAAAGCCAUUGCGAGGCCAGCAGCCAUUGCCACAGCGGCACUCAGGGUGAUGCAUCCUGAGCAGUACUGGGCAGGGUUGCAAGCCUUUGCGAGCCUCGGAGAAAAGGCACGAAGCAAGGAACUGCCGAAGAUGUCAGAGACUCUCCAGUACUGGGCAACGGUGUUUAACAGCCUCACCGUCAUAUGCAAUCGGGAAACCCCGAAUCAUCGAGACCCCUCAUCGAUUUCCGAAUGCUUUGAUAUUCUCACUAGCGUGGGGAAUUAUUCUAAUGCUCGGAUGAGUAUGCCAAGCCUGCAGCUGGAGUUAAGUGGAAGGGGAUCGGAUUGCCUGGGCAUGAUGUCAGGCACUCCAUACUCAACAUUCGGGUUUCGGGUCUUGAUAGUCGGGACUCGAUAUUCGAUUUCACCGACUACCGAGUACCGGGUUUCGGGUUUCGGUACACGGUACCCGGUACUUGAUAGUCGGGACUCGAUAUUCGAUUUCACCGACUACCGAGUACCGGGUUUCGGGGUUCGGUACACGUGUCGAAUCUCGGGCUUCGGGCUUCGUGUUUCGGGUCUCGAUAAUAGGGACUCGAUACUCGAUGGUCGGCACUCACAUCUCGGGCUUCGGGAGUCGAUUGUCGGGACUCGGGUUUCAAGACUCGGUAGUCGGGACUCGAUAGUGCGGAUUCGGGUUUCAAGACUCGGUACCCGGUACUCGGGUUUCGGUACUCGGUGA